AUGUCCCGGGUGUUUGGGCGGUUCAGAAGACCCCGGUUACAGGGACGUGACUCUGCCGCUGAGGAGGGAGUCGGAGGACUGGGGCAAGACCUCGAAUCCAACCCGGCGCUGUUUCGUGGCGUAGAACCAGGAGAUGCCAUUGCCGAGCACCUUUUGACGAAGAUAUCGGACGUCAUCCAGGAAGACAAACGCCCCGUGCAAGCGUACAACAAUUUGGACAAUUUGCUUGGAGAAACGUUGUGGCCACAGGAUACUGUUGUGGAACUGGUGUCGGUGUUGACGCGCGCGACACGGCGGCUCCGCCGGGGUCCAGUGUUCGGAGAAGGAGGCUCCAGUAUGGUGUUCACGGCAUCCGACGAGGACACGGGAGAGGCGUUCGCCGUUAAAGCACCUGUGGCACGCAGCCCACCUUUUGAGAUAUCACAAAAGGAUGUGAUGAGGGAGGGUCGCUCAAGUGAGAUGUUCAGCACAAUCAAGGACCCCAGUGAAGCUCAAGACCGUCUUCGAUUCUUGGUCGCCAGCGAUGUGAUGGAGUUUCCUAACAGGAAUACGUUCACUGUCGCUCUCCAGGGCUCGCAGGCCUUGCUUGGGAAUGCAUUCAUGUUGCUGCCCAGAGCGUAUACGGACCUGAAGAAAGUCAUAAAUGCGCUGUAUCGCCUUUUCUUCCGGUAUGGCGACUUCGCAUAUUCUGCCCGCCUGCAACUGAUGCAUCAACUAAUACGGCUGGAGGCCAACCUCCAAAGUCAAGGAGUCGUGCACGGCAAUGUCCAAGCACAAAAUUUUUUGGUGAUGAGGGAUGGGCGUCUGUUUCUCGCCGAUUUCAGUUGCAUGAAGGAGGCGAGCGGGAAGACUCGCGCGGCUAAAAGAUGCCCAUCCGCGACCAUGGAGACUGAUGUCACGAGCCUCGGGUCAGUUUUACUCGAGCUGUGGGAUAUAUCGGUUAUUAACGUCCUACCCACCGAAGGAGAACAGGAACCGCCGUUUCGGGGCGUUGCGCCGCCAUCGUACGUUGUACGCCUGAUCCGCGGCUUCAUCCACCAUUCGCGCUCCAAACGGGUGAGUCCCAUGCAGGCGCUGACCAGUCCCGAGAUGGCCCAACUUGUAGAAGAAAUACAGCGGUCACCGCUGCAGUACAGCAGUCAAGGAGACUCGGAGUUGGCAGAGGGCCCCCCCUCAGGUGAUGGUGCGGGAGCUGCCGGACAGGCCGCGUCCGCGGAAGACGCCGCCACCUCGGAACCUCUUGGCGACACGUCAGGAGACGACGCAGAUGCUCCAGCGACUGCCGCAGGUACCGCUGGUGAUAUUGGAGGUGCUAGCGAUUCUCAACCUUGA